CCUGCGGACCGCCUUCCAGUACUCCGCGUGAUCUGGUGGUCGAGGAAACUGACGGUGAAGGAAGGUGAAGCAAGAUGGCGCAGCUGGUACGGACGUUAAUCGAUGGUUACCGUGACAUCAUGAACAAUAAAAGUGAUCCACGUGUGAAUGACUGGCCACUGAUGAGCAGUCCUUUCCCGACACUGGCCAUCUGCCUGAGCUAUGCCUACUUUGUCAAGGUACUCGGCCCCCGGAUCAUGGACAACAGGAAACCAAUGAACCUACGAGGCGUGCUUAUUGUCUACAACUUUCUGCAAGUGAUUUUCAGUGCGUGGAUUUUCUAUGAGAGCCUGGCUGCAGGAUGGCUGUUCCACUACAGCUACAGGUGUCAGCCGGUUGAUUACUCCAACAGUCCCAGAGCAUUGAGGAUGGCGAGGGGGUGCUGGUGGUACUAUGUAUCCAAGUUCACGGAGUUAUUUGAUACGAUAUUCUUUGUUCUACGCAAGAAGAAUGACCACAUCUCCACUCUGCAUGUGAUUCACCAUGGUAUAAUGCCAAUGAGCGUCUGGUUUGGAGUUAAAUUCACACCAGGCGGUCACAGCACCUUCUUUGGAAUGCUCAACACGUUUGUUCACAUUAUUAUGUAUGCGUACUACUUGUUUGCUGCAUUGGGACCUCGCUUCCAGAAGUACCUCUGGUGGAAGAAAUACCUCACUCUUCUGCAGAUGGUGCAGUUUGUGCUUGUGAUGAUCCAUGCCUUCCAGCUGCUCUUUAUUGACUGCAACUAUCCAAAGGCAUUCGUCUGGUGGAUUGGUCUCCAUGCUGUAAUGUUCUACUUCCUAUUCUCAGACUUCUACAAGCAGGCCUACAAGAAGAAGGCACAAAGAAGGCAAGCAGCCAUCGAGGAAGCUGAGACACUAAAACAGCAGAAUCAGCAGCAGAAGCAGAAUGGUCACAGUGGAUCAAAUGGUUCAGCGUUCUACCAGCAACAUGAAGCUCCUCCCACCAGCUACACAACUGAGCCACGGCACAGAGCAUUUGUGAAUGGCACGACAAAGUGAUGUUUGUUCAGUGUGGUAUAUCGUAUGUGCUACAACCAAAUGCUGCCAGUAGAUGCUACUGGCAUGCUAUGCAAUAACCGUGACAGUGACAUCAUCUAUCAGUGGGUGACAAAUUGAAUUUGGUCAGUAAUGUCACAUCUCUCGUAUUACUUAUCAGUGUCUACUAUCAUGUGCCAUUGUGUCACAUACUGCUGGGACUUAUACACGUGUUUGUUGCAUCUGAAUAAACCACUGUUUAAAUUAUGUUGUUAAGGUAUUCUGUUGGCCUCUUAUUUAAAUAACUGUAGAGGUUUCAUGUGAUAGACUGUUCUCAGGUGACUGUGGCAGCUCACAAGAGAAGUUGAUCAUUUUGCAUACCUUCUCUGCCCCAGUCAUCAAGGAAUCAUUUCACACACAUCAUUCCCUCAUGAUGGAGGCAAAGAAUAUCUCUGAGACAUGGUCUUAUAAUCUAAAUUGUCAUAACUGGUAGCACAAGAAGAUUACAUUAGUUUUAAUCGCCAUGAAAGCGUCAAGUUUUAUAAAAUCAAUAAUUGAUCAAAGUACCAGGUGACGUAUGAGAUACUGAGUUUUAUUUUUAUUUACAUAGCUUCUCUGAAUUUUCAAAAGUAAAAUGGUAUGAAGUAAUCUCCUUGAUUAAUGCAACAAUUCUUACAGUUCAGACAUUGAAAUGAUCAAUGUCUAGGGUUUGAUACCCAGUAGAGGCACUGAGUACCAUAUCCAGAAUGACUCUGUAGCUGUAUAAUUGAAAUUGGAAGUUGAUGAGAGUUAAGCCGAGUGCCAUGUAGUUCCUAAGUUAUGAUUGUGUGGAGCUCUGCUUUCAUACCUAUGCAGAAUGGAGUGCUGGUGCGGUUUACACAUUUAGCACAGUCAAAAUAAAAAUGUAUGUAGAAGCCAAACAGACAGUGAAUUUUUUUGAAUUUAACUUGGUGACGCUUGCGCUGACAGAUGUCAUUGUAUCUAUGCUUUGUUUCAAGUAACAGAUGUGAUCAUGCUGUUUUCA